GCCGUGAUACCUAAUCACUGUGAAGAUUUUACUCGAUGGAGAGUUUCGAAUGGCUUGGUCACAACCCCAACACUCCUUUGGCCAGAGAGCCUUUGAAGGUCUUGGAGAACUGCCAGUCGCGUGUUGCGAACGCAGGCAUUCAAAGAGAGCGGCUAUCUAAGAAGCGCAAGAGGUCCCCGGAGCCUUCGAAGACAAUGAGCCAAACCCCGUCACAAAAAGGCGUCUCCUUGCUGCUGGAUUGGGUGUCUCUCCUCUGACCCAAAACUUUGAAGAUGACUUGACGCCGAAACCUCAAUGUCCUUCCGUCGAUCCCCUCACGCGAUCCACAUCCUCUUCAAUAACGGAUCACUGGCCGGCUUCCCAUCACAGACCAUUUACUAUGAUCCCUCGUCAUUGCGGACCGUUUACAUUUUAUGUUUAAAUCUAAUGAGAGACAAAUCUUAAGAGCAAUUUGGACCGACAGCAUGCGGCUCGCAAAUAUCAUGACCAAGAACGGCGGCCGGUGUCCCAAGUCUUCUUGUCCAGUUGGCAGUAGGACUCUGCUGUUACGACUUGAUCUCGGGUGUGGAAAUUGAUUGGCCGACCUGAUAACAGCGUCCACAUGACUGCCGCUCAGGAGUUGGAGAGCAUGGAGAGCAUGGAGGUCUGUCAGGAUAUGGGAUGUACAAAGAGGAUGGGUACCUGGUAAACCUUCAACUCCGUCUCGUAGGCAACAGCGACGCAAGCCCCCCCGCGGUCUUUACCAUCGGCCAGCGCAAAACUCUCGAUCUCCCGGGUCAUUUGAGUACCUGAACUGCAUGUAGCAUCGAUUGGCCUAGUCUCAUCGAAGGGGUGAAGAUGGGUACAUAGGGUAAGGCAUGAGCGUUGUUUUCGCGACACCAAGUUUCCUGCAUGUUGCUUGAACUUGGAUUUCCUCGCGAGUGAUUCGCUAUCGGCUUCAUGUGCUGGCGGUGUGGUAGUUCCGAAACGCCGGACCUGGUGCUGUAGUGAAGACAUGACAAUGAGCUUCUCUUCCUCUCAUUUGGUAAUGUUGACGGCAGAUCAUGUGAGCUUGACCAAGUGGAGGAGAGUGUUGAGUAGAACCCCAGUCAAGGUUGUCCCUCAGUAAAGCGGAAUCCGUGGAACAGUGAUUUGGGGCCAACAGAACCCUCGCAUGGUGACUAAUCCACGAGCAAUCAUCACGGAAAUAGCCAAUGACGUUUGGGGGCGAUCACUCAGUGCAUGGACAUAGUGCUCUUCCGAUUGUAGGAUUGAUGAGGAUGAAACGGAACUUUUGUUACCUUGUUGGUGUUGACAAAGUAACAACUUGCGUGUUGCUUGUAAGUAGCGUGGAUCCAUACCACCGCCAAGAAGUGCCACAGCCCAACCAUCCCCUUUUGAGGUGAUGUCACAUGUAACCUAGCCUGGGCGCUUAAGGUCCGACCGCGACUGCACUUCGCUGGCAACUACAUGAACCUGCCCAUUCCUUUCUCCCUCAUUUGGAGCAACCAUGGCACGACGAGACAGUGAAACCGCUCAGAAGACCAGAAGGCAGUCCUUGAAUCUGCUACACCAAGGUCAUUUAUCCGCUUCCUCCUUCAGAACUCGACUGACCAGCGAAGGGAAACGCCCUCAAGGAAUCAAGAAGGGACGAAACCAAAGCUCUCUUCGACGGAGCGCCCGUUUGGACCGAUUGAUUGAGAUUAAUGAGACUCAACAAAAAACCAGCCAGCAGCCUCUACCAUCUCCAGUCAGCGACAUCAAAAGUCCUAAUCGUGCGCACCCACCUUCUACCCUUCUACCAUCGAAGCCUCCGAAGCGGAAACGAGAAACCGAACAGCAACUAAACCCGCCCUCUCCAAAACGACCGCGAACAUCUUCUCCGACACCCUCUAUUCAGGACGUUGAUUCUAUUACAUAUUGGACGCAGACAUACCACUGGCCGCGAGGAUACUUCAACGAAAGUGGCGAAAUGAAUCAUUUAUUGGCGAGAAAGAAAUCCACCGCCUCCCUUCGCCGAAAGCGAUCGGAUAGCGAGUCUGGCGCACCCAGUUCAACACCGAGCGAUCAGAAGCCUAGGGAAGAGAAGAGUGCCCCAUACCAAAAUGCGCGUUAUGAGACCGUGCUUGCUACAAAGGACAGUUUCAUGGGUAAAUAUGGACAAGGUACUACGAACGAGAGCAAGCGACUAUGCGAGCAGCUCCUUGACGAACAACCAACAGUACCGCAAGAUACGAUGUUUUCCGACGAGUACUUCGAAGAAACCUGUGAAGCAAUAAGAAACAAGAACGAAGCUAGAGUGAUUCGAGAUAUCUCACUUUUGAUUGUCCCAUCAGCGGAAGCCCUUGCCAUACGUGAAAGUCAGCAUUGUCGGAUCUUGAUUGAAAGCGUAAACGAAGGGUGGAACAAUUCUAUUGCACUCACCAAACCUCGCCCGCAACCUGAUUACUCGGUCGGGUUCCGACGAGAAGCAUUCACCGAGACCCAACUUCAGAAACUUCAACCAUUCGUUGGCGACCUCACCGACAACUCCUUCUUCAUGGGGACAUGGUACAUGUACUUCCCCUUCUUCUCGAGCGAAGUGAAGUGCGGUGCGGCCGCACUCGACGUGGCAGAUCGACAGAAUGCACACAGUAUGACCCUCGCUGUUCGAGGAGUCGUGGAACUGUUCAGGCUCGUAAAGCGCGAGCAAGAGCUUCAUCGGGAGAUCCUCGCCUUUUCCAUUUCGCAUGACAACGAGACUGUGAGGAUCUAUGGCCACUACCCUGUGAUCGAGGGCAAAAAGACCACGUUCUACCGUCAUCCCAUUGAUAAAGUCAGCUUUACCAGACUUGAUGGGAAAGAGAAAUGGACGGCGUACAAGUUUACCAAAAGUAUCUACGAUACCUGGAUGCCUGCUCACUUCAAAAGGCUUUGCUCAGCAAUCGAUGCAAUACCACCCGAUAUACAUUUUGAAGUCACGGAGGAAUCUGAACUACAAUUCCCCUCAUCAUCUGGACUUUCACAAGGACUGGAAAGCCACCACCUCUCGGACUCAGGAGCAACAGGUGACGACGAGCUGAGGCUCCUCGAUCCUCAGGAAGUGACACCAGAAACUUCUAUUACCCAACCAUCAGAACAGGCGACAUUCAAGAAACCAAAGAAGAGAUGAGACUCGGUAUUCACAUGGCUAGAGAACUUCUGGAGAUAGAAAGGUCGGAUUGGGGCGAAAUCAUUUCGACGAUGUUACUGUCUCACAAUCUGCUAUUAUCAUGGUGUUCGGGAACAAGUUUGGUGCUCGAAACCAACCGGCCGUGAACUUGCCUAUACAAUAAGGGAUGAUAAUGUUAUCGACAUGGAUAAUUUGUAUUGUGAAUGGGCCGAGUGAGUUGCACAUGGCGCGACGUUCCCAAGAACAUAUGAGGGAGAGAAGUACUGGAGGAAGCAGAGAACAGGGAGAAAGGGGCCUUGACACAAUUGGGGAAAACGGAGUAUUACGGCGGACGUUCAAUGCCGUCAAACGCUGACGAUCCGCCCUGACGAUCUUGCUAUUCCGUCAGAGUAACCCGUCGCCACUUUUGGGCAUGUUCCAACGCAAUUUUCCAUUCUCGAAUGGCUUUGACGAAGUCUAAAGCCAGAUGAUAGAUUCGAGCUGAAGCAACCAGUACUCGUCCGUGUAGGAGUUGGUCGCCAACAUCCAGAUUGAACAGAUUCCUGGAGAUGCCUUUCGUCUCCCGGAUUUUCUUUCCCGCAUCUUCCAUGCUGUAAGAGUGGCCUGGUUCAAGCCUCCAGCACUAGUGCGCUCAAGAUUGUUUUUGCUUGACCUUGCCGACUGCCGUCAAAAUGUCAUAGCUUCCAAUUUUCAGCCAGAAUGAUGACUGACGCUGUGUUCAUCAUGCCAAAUAAACCCCUC